AUGCGCGUGAUUCUCCAUGAAUUUACAACCAGACACCAACCUCAUUCCCAAGACACCUCCCAAGAACACACACUCUCCCACGCCCUAAACUACUUCUCCCCACUGCCUCCCCCUCCGCCUGUGGCCAUAGCUGCCUUGACCUACUCCGCAAGUUUCCCGUAUGGAUCGCACACCUUUGCAUACUUGUCCAGAAACAGCUUUGUCACUCCCCUCUGCCUGGAGUUUGAGGGUGAGGCACUUGUGUUCAGGACCCACCCGCCCAAUUCAUCGACUGUGAACCCGCCCAGGUCCUCUAUGCAAUUCUACGGCAAAAGGUUGAGUUUCAAGAGCUUGCGGUAUACGCUGGAGAAUAUUAGGGCAUCGCAGAGGGGGUCCGGUGGUGAUAAGACACAUUGGUGGGAGUGGUGGGGGGAUGGUGGCGAGGGGGUGGAAGAAGAACGAGAAGAAGAAGAAGCGGCAGGGGGUUGGUAGCGGUUGAAGAGGGUUGUGAAAACCAAUUUUAAGGUGGCGAGGAGGUGAGCGCCAUGGAUUAUUAUCACUUCUCCAAGUAACAAUAUUAUUAUCAUAAUUAUUCAUUAGCCUCUGCUGGAGCCGGCUGGUUGACUAGUUGGUUCAGGUAUUGGGGGAAGACUGUUAUACUUAUGAUAACACAGUCUCCGUCAGAGACUCCCCGAACCGACCACUACCACCCCCGCCCUUCCUCUCCUCAAAUACCGGAACCCGAUCCAUACCACCCCCAACCCUCUGGACGCACACCUCCAACACUACCCUCGCAAACAGCUUUGCGAAAAUCUCCCCCACGCCCCACGCCCACGCCACGAACAGCCACUCCUCGGACCCGGGCCUCUCGGCCCUGGGCGUCCAACCCUUCAUCCACUUGUCGCCGUACAUUCUCAUGGCCGGCCAGCAGUCCUACUUGUCCACCACGACGGCCAUCAUGACCAGCUGCCCGAACGUCAGCCACUGGGGAACGGAUGGGUGGUGUGCAGGGCUCUCAGCAGGAUGCAGAGUGCCACGGGGUUGUCAUGGUAGAGCUUUGGCAAAAAUGGCUCGGUCGAGGAGUAGGGGUUGGGAGAGAUGUUGAAGCGCUGGGCUUCGGAGAAUGGUGA